AUGUACGAAUCUUUAGGCGAGUUUCCAGAUCCCUAUCCUUUAUUGGAGCAGGCAGCGGAGAUUGAUCAAAUCAAGCAAGAACUGGAAUUGAAAGAGAAAGAAGAAAGGACCCUGAGAGAAGAAUUAAAGCAGAAGGAGUCAUUGUCGAGUGAGGUUCGAAAUCUGCACCAAGAUUUACAAAAAACAAAGAGUUCUGUUGAUGCAGAGGUACAAAAAAGAGUCACAAAAUCCGCUCAGGAAUGUGAAAGAAAGUUUUCCGAAAAAGAGAAGCUCUACAAAGAUUCUGAACAAGAGAAUGCCGAGAGAAUUAACCAACUCAACAAAAAAGUCCGUGAUUUACAAGCUACACAAAUCGAUCAUGCUCUGCAGUUCGGACAGUUAGAAGCCCCAACGGAAGAGACUAUCACCAAAAGCUCGGAAUAUCAAAGUCUCCUGAAUGAACUUGAUGAAGCAAAUAGGUCAAUUGGCUCUUUAGUGAGCGAAAAUGAAAGGUUAAAACAGAAUUCUCAUGAACCGAAGCUCGAAAAUGAAAAUACCGAUAGUAAAAUGAAGGAACAUCUUGAUUUUAUGGAAUCAAGAAAUCGCAGUUUAACCGCUGAGCUUGAACAGAUUCGCCAAUCCUCCCAGACCGAGGCAGAGACUUUCCAAAGAACGCACUUGGAUCUUAUGAAGCAAAUUGAAGAGAAGCAGAAAACCAUCCGAAGCCAGCUUGAAACUCUAAAAAGCUAUUCGGACUACGAGGAACUGAAAAGAGAACUUUCUGUAUUAAAGCAAAUUGAAUUGAAUGCUGACUCACAUUCAAACGAGUCAACUUCGUUGGAAGCUCAGAUCCUUAAACGUGAAAAGAAACUUUCUAACGAGCUUUCUAAGCUAAGAACCCAAGAAGCUUAUUUACAGAAGAAGCUUACCGAUGAAAAAACACACAGUGAGAACCUGGAGAAAGGUAAUCGUGAGCAAAAAAAUGCCUUACAGAAACUGGAACGUGAAUUGGCUUCCUUAAGUGCUGAAGGGAGCACUUCUUAUGCAAAUAAUGGUUAUCGUGAAUCAAGUGGUCGCCUUUCCCCUACUUCUUCCAUUAUCGGAGGCAGCCCUAGUAUAUUUGGGGGGAGCACUACGUCAAAAGUCACUGGCACAGAAAAUAGUUCUACAAUCAUGGAUGUUGUUAAGCAACAAAGAGAUCGAUUCCGACGUGCAAACGUUGAUUUAGUUAAUCAGAUCAGUUCGAGUAACGAGAAGGCUGCUAAUUUAGAGAGCAGACUGAGAGAAAUGGAGAAAAGCAAUGCACUUUUAUACGAGCAGAUGCGAUUCCGUGAACAGUACCAAACCCAUAUGCAACAGAAUCCAUCUCAAAUUGAAGCAGCUACUGCAUACGAAAACAACAUCUCUCCUUUUGCAUCUUUCAGGAAGAGGGAAUCUGAACGAGCAUUUUCAAGAAUGGGUUCAUUUGAGCGUGUGUUAUAUGUACUUUUACGCACGGUUUUAUUGAAUAAUGGCACCAGAGCUAUAUUUCUGACCUAUCUAAUAAUUGUGCAUUUGUUUAUAUUGGUCGUUCUUUUCAAAUUAGGCGUGUCUGUCAACAAACUACAAGCCUUACCAGAAGCAACAUUAAAGUCCCAAUGA